GAAGUAGGAAGCAAUUGAGGAGGCCCAUAGAGUAGAAGAAAAUGGUGAGCGGGAAAGAAGCAAAAACAAAGAAAAGCAAUAAAAACCCUAAACCACAUAAACAGCUUACAAAGAAGCAAAAGAAACAGCCGCCCACAAAGGCCACUUCAUCAGAUUUUGCUUCUGCUUCAGAGCAGCUCUAUUUUUUUGUAAAUGAAUUUCAAUCCGCCAAUGCCCUCCACCUCUCGUCCCUCGAGCUUCAACCAAUCAAAGAGACAAGCUUUGUAGAGUUAUCUAAAGAGGUGGGUCAAGAUGUUGAUUCCUUAGGGAAGCAAAUGAAGGCGGCUUUUGCGUCUUCAUGGAAGGAGGCUUUAUGCCAAAAGCAGCUCGUCGACGGGAAAAUUGAAGCAGGGAGUCCAGCUGUUCUUAUUAUUACUACUUCGGCUUUACGAGUUAUUGAACUUCUAAGGGGCGUGCGCUCUUUGACCAUACAAUGCCAUGCUGCCAAGCUUUUCUCAAAGCAUAUGAAGGUUGAGGAGCAGGUAACCUUGUUGAAAGAGCGUGUCAAUUUUGCUAGCGGCACACCAAGCAGGAUCAAGAAGUUGAUUGACAUCGAGGCCCUAGGACUAUCACGGUUAGACAUGGUUGUGCUUGAUAUUCACACGGAUGUGAAGGGCUACUCAUUGUUAACACUUCCACAAGUCAGAGACGAGUUCUGGGACCUGUACAAGAACUACUUCCACCAGCGACUUCUACAAGGUGAUCUUCGUAUCUGUCUGUUUGGUCCGUUGCCAAAUGGCAAUAUAUUAAGGGGUAAAAAGAAAAAAGCUACCGAUGAAUAAAUGAUAGAAGUUUUGGUAUUAAUUUACAAUUUUGAGCCUAGUGUCUUGAACAUAAUGUUAUUUUUGAACAUUUCUAAGAAUCCAUGAUAAAAUGUUGUUUUGGAGCUUGACGCUCAGCUGUUUUAUUUUAUGAUACGCAUACUAUUUAGUUGGAUCAUCGUAAAUACCUUUCACAGUAGUGAAAUUUAUGAGAGGGGUUCAUGAUGGAUCCUGUUUAGGUAACAAUUGAUGUUUUUCAUCUUUUAUUUGAUAAUUACGGUUUGAGAGUUGUAACGAUAUUGUAGAGAUUGUUAAAAUAUUUGCAUUCUUCAUCUUCA